CCGCGACCUACAGCGCCCGGACUCAGGGCCCCGGGCGUUACUGACUGAGAGACCCGCGCUGACCCCAGCGCAUCCGGGAACCAUGGCAGGCGUCCCAGCACGCGUUGCGCGGCCCCGGCCGGAAGUCGGCAAGUUCCCGGGUGUGUGUCUGGGUCUGUGUCCGCCAGUGGCGCGCGGCCGCCGUCAACCUCUGGGGGUUUUCGUCUGAGUCCUCAACUGCUGUCACGACAGUCACCCCACGGAGCCACUUCUAGAAAGGAGUAGGCCCGGCCCUUCACCGGGGGGAGAAGAUGUUGCCUCUGUCCAUCAAGGAUGAUGAGUACAAACCACCCAAGUUCAAUCUGUUCGGCAAGAUCUCGGGCUGGUUUAGGUCUAUCCUGUCGGACAAGACGUCUCGGAACCUGUUUUUCUUCCUGUGCCUGAAUCUCUCUUUUGCUUUUGUGGAACUACUCUAUGGCAUCUGGAGCAACUGCUUGGGCUUGAUCUCCGACUCUUUUCACAUGUUUUUCGAUAGCACUGCCAUUUUGGCUGGAUUGGCAGCCUCUGUUAUUUCAAAAUGGAGAGAUAAUGAUGCAUUCUCCUAUGGGUAUGUUAGAGCGGAAGUUCUGGCUGGCUUUGUCAAUGGACUAUUUUUGAUCUUCACUGCUUUUUUUAUUUUCUCAGAAGGAGUUGAGAGAGCAUUAGCCCCACCAGAUGUACAUCAUGAGAGACUGCUGCUUGUUUCAAUUCUUGGAUUUGUGGUAAACCUAAUAGGAAUAUUUGUUUUCAAGCAUGGAGGUCAUGGACAUUCUCAUGGCUCUGGUCAUGGGCACAGCCAUUCCCUCUUCAAUGGUGCUCUCGAUCCCGCACAUGGCCAUGGAGAUCUCUGCCAUAGCCAUGAAGUGAAACAUGGUGCUGCCCAUAGCCAUGAUCAUGCUCAUGGGCAUGGCCACUUUCAUUCUCAUGAUGGUCCCUCCUUAAAAGAAACAACUGGACCCAGCAGACAGAUUUUACAAGGUGUAUUUUUACACAUCCUAGCAGAUACACUUGGGAGUAUUGGUGUGAUUGCCUCUGCCAUCAUGAUGCAGAAUUUUGGUUUGAUGAUAGCGGAUCCUAUCUGUUCUAUCCUUAUAGCCAUACUUAUAGUUGCAAGUGUUAUUCCUCUUUUAAAAGAGUCUGUUGGAAUAUUAAUGCAGAGAACUCCUCCCAUGUUGGAAAAUACUUUGCCUCAUUGCUAUCAGAGGGUGCAGGAGUUACAGGGAGUUUACAGUUUACAAGAACAACACUUCUGGACUUUAUGUUCUGAUGUUUACAUUGGGACUGUAAAAUUAGUAGUAGCACCUGAUGCUGAUGCUAGGUGGAUUUUAAGCCAAACGCAUAAUAUUUUUACUCAGGCUGGAGUGAGACAGCUUUAUGUACAGAUUGACUUUGCUGCCAUGUAGUGAAUGAAAUUACUGUUUUUGGACCAAGUUCUUCUGGUACUGUACAAUCCAAAAUAUUGUACCCAGCUCUGUAGAGAAAUUAUCAGAAUUCCUAGCAUCAAGUAGACCAGGUAGUACUCCGUGGGAAGUUCACAGCCAAGGGAUCACAACGAAGAACUUAUCUCCUGGGCUUUUGGUCUUGUCUUUUGUGCUCUUCCCCCCAAGCCAUUCCUCAUUCUGAUUUCUGAGGUUUCUGGUUUUGUUCUGGGGUGUUGGCUUGUUCUUUUAUGGGGGAGGGAGGGAGGGAGGUUUCAUGCCAAAUGCCCCAUCCUCUCAUCCCUGCCAGUGAGAAAUUCAGAUUGUGAGCCUCCAACCAUCUGGAAUGUCUUCAUCUGAAGCUGCUGGAAAUCACUGCUUUUACUCCCACAAAACCAGUGUUAUUAAAAAAAAAAAAUGGAAAUAUGUUUUAUAUAUAAUGUCACGGUUGUUGGCGUUCUUCAGUGUAAUCGUAUGUUUGUUAAAUUGUUUGUACCUUGCAAACUUAUGAACCAAACCAUAUUGGGUUUUCAAAGUGCCUUUGCAUUAGAAAAUGUAUUUGCCAGCAUAGAAUUUUACCAUCAAAGGUCGUGUAUUUUUUUUAAAAUGACUAUUCUGUAAUCUGUACAAAAUAAGACACUUGCUAGUAUACAGAUUGUCUUUUUGUGUACUUCAGCAUAGGUGUAAGUAUAUGAAAAGUUUUUUAUUGUUUUAUCUCAUCAAAGAAUGUGUUAUCUUUUUAAAACAAAUUCAGUAAUCACAUUAAAUUUCUUUGUGAACUAUGUUUUCAAAACUUUACAAAUGCAUUUAUUAGUGGGAAAAUUGUUUUGACCUAAAUUUCUAAAUUCCAAAUUUCUAUAAAAGCUGUGUCUAUGAUAAAUUUUUCUAUAGCUCUCCUUGCCAUCUUUAUACAUUUUAUUAAUGACUGGAAGAGGCAUUGUAGACCACAGGCAGAAAUGGUUGUGACAGUUAUUUUGUGUUUUCAUUCUUCAAAUGCCAAGUCAUACAAUGUUUUCCUGUUUAAGCUUUACAUGAAUACCAUUGUUUUCAGGAAUCCUGUGGCAGGGUUUGGUUGAGUUUGAACUCUUAAAGGUAUGGAACAAAUGUGGUGAGGUAGAAACUCUUAACACAGAUAUCUUAGAAGGAAAUAAAUAUAUUUUCUGUGUUCUUAUGUAUUUGAAAAAUAAAAUUGCAAUUUGAGAUGUCAAGUGCUUGAACACUAUACUUAAGUAUUCCCUGUGUUUUAUGAAAAGAUAUUUAUUUGGAGACAUAUUUUCCCAGUGUUUUUCAUUUUACUGUAACAUAGAUGCCUUUUAAGUUUAAAAAAUUGAAAUUGUUGAGGAAAAGGCCUUUCAGGGUAAAAAUGACUAAUUAGAGUAUAGAUCAAUAAAAAGCACUUUUUUAGUAAGGUGGCAAAACUCACUGUUGCUUUUGGCUGAGUUUUAAAGUAUAUUCUACCACUUCUGUCUUACAGUUUAUGAACUAUUCUAUCUAUGUUGGGAAAAUGACACCACUUUCUUCAUGCUUUUCUAAACUGUAAAUUGCCAUGAAAUGUCCAUAGUCUCCUUUUUUUAAAAAAAUAAGGAGAUAUUUUCAAAACUAUGUUUGCUUACUUCCUGGGCAUUCUAAAACUAAAAAUCUGUGCAGUGAAUUGUGUUUAACUGUAAUAAAUGUUGAAGUCUUUUAGGAGGGAAAGUACAAAAGCACAUGACCUGAUACUGAUAUUGCUUUUUCAUUACAAGUAAGUAGUCAUUUGAAAGUUUGAGCCACUACCAAGUCUGAUAGAACUUUGGGAUAUUCCAUGAAUUUUGGCUUAUUAUAGAAAACAACAGGUUAGAUGAAGGCAGAGAUUUUGGAUGUGUGCCUUUACAAACUAAUUAUGUGUAACUGUAUUGACAUUUCACAUAUGAACAUAAUUGUUAUGUUCUGUAAAACUUACUAAUGCAUCUUGAAGACCCAAUUCUGCCUUUCACUGAGCCCUCCAUUCCAAGUGAAGCUUGCCAAAAUAGGUUAUCACUUCAUUUAGCUCCUCCCUCACUGCACAAAUCCAUGAAUUUUGUUCCUUGACAAGGCAUAGAGUGCUUGAUGUGACACUAAUUUGGCACUUGUUAACAAGAGAUUGCCAGGUACGAUUCUCUAACAGGUUGGCAUUAACAUUUGUGCUUUACAGUUUACCUGUGUGUACAACAAAAACAAAAAAUUAGUGAGGAAGAGCAAUUUUUUUCUCUGUGGAAAUACUUUGUCUAUCAUUGUUCUUGGCACAGAUGUAUCACUAACAUGGAUAUUUCACUGAGAAACAUCGCCUGAUAGUGGUUAUAAAUAAAUUCAGAAGUUUCUAAAAUUCACCUACCUCUUACAAAACAAAAUCUAUAUCUGAGUAUAAAUUUGCCAGUAUUUGAAAAAA